AUGCAUUUUCUUGCUGAUAGACCACGCCGCUGUGUUCAGGUGCGCUUUGAUCUGGUGGAUGAGGAGGCUGUAUCAGGUGACAGCGCAGCAGCGAGUGCCUCAGCGGAUGCAGCAGCACAACAGCCAGCCGGGCGCUCAGUAACCACUGCUCCAGCGCCAAAGGAGGUGACUUUGGAGGUCAUUGAAGGGGGCAUCAGCUGGCCGCAGCCCCAGGAGGAAGCCUUCUGGGAGCGACCACCCCGAUCCGAGGCUGAGCUGUGGCAUGCAGGCGCCUCCAGCUCUGGGCCAGUGGUGAGGGAUCAGAGGUCGCUGCAUGUGGUGCACAUGACAGCGGAGAUGGCGCCCAUUGCAAAGGUUGGCGGCCUGGGGGAUGUGGUGACGGGGCUGGCGCGCGCAUGCUUAAGCCGCGGCCACAAUCUGGAAGUCAUGCUGCCCUUCUACGAGUCGCUGCCCGAAGACCAGAUCGAGGGCCUGCAGCACGACCGCGACUUUGACUGUCCCAAGGGGCGGGUAUGGGAUGGAAAGAUGCAGCCAGGCAGCCUGCGCACGAGCGUCUUCCGGGGGAAGAUUGACGGCAUACCUGUGCUGCUGCUGCGGCCAGAUUGGGGCGCAUGCAACAUCUUCCGGGGCGGGCGCAUCUAUGGCGGCAGCUACAAUGAGGUUGAGGCCUACCUGUACUUCUCCAGGGCUUGUUUGGAGUUCUUGAAGAUUUCCGGGCGCCAACCAGAGAUCAUACACGCGCAUGAGUGGCAGCUGUCUGCCGUGCCCAUGCUCUACUGGGAUGUGUACCAUGCAAGCGGGCUGUCGCGGCCGCGAGUGAUGCUGACCAUCCACAACAUGGACAACAGCGGAGAGUGCCGCCAGGACGAAUUCGCCUACACCGGGAUGCCGGGAGAGGCGUUUGCUACGGUGGACAAAGCUCUGGAUGAGCGCACCAUCGGCCACAACCCGGAGCGCCUCUGCCUCAUGAAGGGUGGCAUCAUUUACUCGAAUGCGGUCACAACGGUGUCGCCAACGUAUGCAAGAGAGGCGUUGGAGGGCGGUGCGGCAGGCUGGCUGAGGUCAACGCUGGCCAAACCCGACGUGCGCGGCAAAUUCAAGGGGUUGCUGAACGGUAUUGACACAGCGCUGUGGGAUCCAGCGACGGAUCCGCUCAUCCCGGCGCCCUACACCCCCGAGCGGAUGGAGGGCAAGGCGCUGUGCAAGCGCUACCUGCAGCAGGGGCUGGGACUCGACGUGUCCUUCGACAAACCCAUCGUCGCCUGCAUCACCCGCCUCGUGCCCCAGAAGGGCAUCCACCUGAUUAGGCACGCGGUGUACCGGACGGCUGAGCUGGGCGGCCAGUUCCUGCUGCUGGGCAGCGGCCAUGCGGACGGCGACUUCCGAGCCAUGGCCGCCCAAGACUUCAAGGACUCCCCCGAUGUCCGCCUCAUGGUGAUGUACAGCGAGGAGCUGGCGCACCUGAUGUACGCGGCGGCCGACAUGGUGCUCGUGCCCUCGCUCUUCGAGCCCUGCGGCCUCACGCAGCUGGUGGCCAUGCGCUACGGAGCUGUCCCCAUCGUGCGCUCCACCGGGGGGCUCGCCGACACCGUCACUGACGUGGAUGAUGGUAGGCGGUCGGCGGAGGGCAAUGGAUACAGGUUCAGCGGCAUGGACAACGCUUCUCUCAACACGGCCCUCGACCGGGCCAUGCAGACUUUCAGGGACGACAGGGAACGAUGGACGGAUCUGUCAAGGCGGAACAUGAGAAUAGACUGGUCCUGGGAGAAUUCUGCCAGAUCUUAUGUGGAUAUUUACAACCAGCUGGCUUCCUAUUGA